UUCUGCUGCCAUCGUUCACAGGGAAACUACUUUCCUGUCGUCUGCAGACGUCUGGGGAUGGAGACGCACGUUAAAGCUUCACGUCGUCAUCAGGAGGUCAAAUCCAACAAAGAUCAUCAAUCUGAAAUGUGCGACGACCAAAAGGACAAACACGGAAAGUCUGAGCCACUAAAGCGUCAUGGCGGCCGUUAUCAUUACCAGAGUCCCAAAGCAACACGCCGACAUUCAGAGGACGACGACAGUCUGGAGAGCCAUUCAACCACUGAGGACAGUGUUUUUAAUGAUCAUCACCAUCACCGUGACAAUCACCAUCACCACAAACAUCCACAUCAGCACCAAAAUGAGCAGAAUCAUCGUUGUCAGUCUUGCUUUUACCGAGGCAAACCAAACCAUCUUUCAAAGACUUCCUUGAGUUCUUCCGUGGGUUCAUCCUCCACCUCUUCUUCUUUUUCUUCUUCUUCUUCGUCAUUUUCAUCCACAUCCUCCUCCUCCUCUCCUUCCUCUUCAGUAUCGUCGUCUUCCUCCAGCCUUUCCUCUGAGCCCAGCGCCGAUGCUUCUCCGCUGUGGAAGUCCCAGCAUUCUCAGUCCUGUACAGAUGUUUCUCGAAGACACGGGUUCAUUGAAGACGACAACGACGACACCGUCCCGCUGAUCGGUAAAGGAGGAUGCCUCAACAGACCGUCCGCCAAACACUACCACGAACAGCUGAAACCCUCUGACAACAGCCCAACCGAAGGCACUCUGAAGACAAACAGAAGCACGGGAAAAGACGGAAGUGUCCGCAAAGCGAAGUCCAUGGAGUCCCUGAGUCGACCGAAGGAAAAAGACCGACAUGGAAACAAGGACGAAAACCAAGAAGAACGAAGAAAAAGUGACGCCAGAAAGAAUUUAAUGGAAGAAAAAAUGAAAUUCUCCGCCUUCCUUAAUGAGAUCACGCGACAGGUUCUGAGUCCGUUGAGACUCAAUACUCUGGGUGUGACGGACGCUCGAAGACCGCCAAGUCCGGGACAGGCCUCGGUAAGGUCCAAGAGGACGGAGGACGACGCUGGGAGACGCAGACAGUCCAGCAGGACCGACUCCAUCAGCUCCAGCAAACACUCACAGAGAACCGCACGCUCCAUGGACCCGCCCACCGCCAAAUCUGUCAAUCGUCAGAAGAGUCACCGAUCGGCAGAUUCGCCGCAUCGGACACGAGACGCCUGCGCCGACGUCAGCUGUUCGAAAAGACACCACUCAUGGUCUCAGACUCAUCGACAUCGCUCCCACUCACCUACCGAUAAGCAACACCAUCAUGGUCAUCAUCGUCACCAGGGAGACCAGCACAGACCAUUUGAUCAGCACAGGGACCACCAUAACACCAGUCAUCAUCACCACUGUCACCUCUCCAGCUUUCAUCAUGGGAAACAACAGAGCCCAUCUUGUUACCAAAGCAACCACCACAAAAGGAUGCAUCACCAAAGAAACCACUGUGACCAUCGUCUCCAUGGAGACCACCUUGAUACUGGCUCUGAUCCCACAGACUGCUCUGAGCACCGCAGGACUCCUCCACAUCACUACCACAGCCAUCAGCACCCAAUGCACCAGCACCAUGGAGAUUGCCACGGCAACACUUAUCACAUGACAACCCGCUGCCAUCAGCAUCCAGACCAUCACAACCCAUCCCACGACGACCGUCCCAUGACACCGCGUCACCUCAAACAACACACGGCCGCCGCCGCCGGAGAACACUGUACAAAAAACCACCGGCACUCUGACCAUGAAAACCACCACCAUCUGACGCAUCACCAUGGAGACCACCAGAGAGAUGGCCAUCAUCAUCACCAUAGAGACCAUCACAGUGAGCCCUGUCAUCACCAUGGAGACCAUCAGAUUGACUCCCAUUCCCAUCACCAUGGAGACCACCACAGUGAGCCCCGUCAUCACCAUGGAGACCAUCAGAUUGACUCCCAUUCCCAUCACCAUGGAGACCACCACAGUGAGCCCCGUCAUCACCAUGGAGACCACCACAGUGAACCCCGUCAUCACCGUGGAGACCAUCAGAUUGACUCCAAUUCCCAUCACCAUGGAGACCACCACAGUGAGUCCCGUCAUCACCAUGGAGACCACCACAGUGAGCACUGUCAUCACCAUGGAGACCACCACAGUGAGCACUGUCGUCACCAUGGAGACCAUCAGAUUGAUUCCCAUUCCCAUCACCAUGGAGACCACCGCAGUGACAUCCAUUCCCAUCACCAUGGAGACCACCACACUGGCUCUCAGCGACACUGUGAAGAUCUCCAUAGUAUCCAGAGCCUUCAAGUCCACUUGGAACCAUCCGUAAGUCCUGGUCCUGACCACACUGACCGUCAUGUCCAGAAUGUGUCCUUAGAGAAGACCUUGGACUAUGUCUCAUCCAGAAACUCCAGCAGCUCCUCCAGUCACCACCAGGAAGACCUGACCUUCACAAGCUCAGUACAGAAGGAAACAGGACAUGAGCUGGGACAAAUAAUGAUUCUUCAGGAGCAGAAUGAAGAUCUGCAGCAGACGAUCCUGAAAACAGCCGAGAGGAUGGAGAGUUUAGGAGAAGAAUUCAUGAGCAGCCAACGGCUUUUAGAGGAGGAGCUUCAGCAGACCCGCACAGAGCUCAGCAACCUCACCCACAGCUUCAAAAAAUUACAUGAGAACUGCUCGUCCAGUCAACAGACGAAUAAUCUGCUGGAGGAAAAGCUUCAGUUAAUGACUCAGAGUAUCGAAGGUGAACGUCAAAGACUCAACCAGCGAAUCACAGCUUUAACAGAACAGCUGACUGAAGCCACCUUCACCAACAGUGUGGAGGCCUUGAAUGUGAUAUCGAUGCUGCACACACCUGGUCAUGAUGUCAUCAGUCAGGUGGUCCUGCCCAUCACCCCCCCACCUGCCCAGUUCAUGGACGGUCAAAGCUAUGGGAAGGACAACGGCCCUGGGCAGGAACAGUGUCUGGGGGCGGUCCCAGAAGAAGAGGAAUCUGAUUGGUCAGAGAUGGGAGAAGACACGCCCACAUUUACACUUCGAGGGUCAAACCGAGGUCCAGCGUGGAGACCCCUGGAGAUGGACACAGACAGAGGCAGCGAGACAGGAGAACACAGUGACUGGACCCCCCCCUGCCCCCCCCCACUGGGGUCAGCCCUGCUCUUGCGAUCAGCCAGUCUGGAGGAAAUCCCCCUGGGACGACGCCCCCCCACGCAAAGGGAUGUCACCAUGAUGGACAUGAUGGAGCUCCGCCUCCCAGGAUGUGGACACGCCCACAGUUCAGGCAGUGACUUUACGUGUCACUGGAGAACGACGCAGGUGUCAGAGGGUCAAAGGUCAGAGGGCACUGAGGUCAAAGGUCAGGGGUGUGUGGGGGGGUGCGGUUGGAGAGGAAGCAUUCCUGAUGAGGUGUUAAACGGAGAACGAACACAGCUCUGACAGAACCAGACCAGAACCACAGCGACUCAGUCCACAGAACCAUCAGAGUCAUGAAUGUGGGAUUUGAGGAAACUUCAGCUGCGUUAUGUUCAUUUAACACAAACACCUGAAUACUGUACUCAAGUACUGUACUGUACUCAAGUACUAUACUCAAGUACUGUACUCAAGUACUGCACUGAAGUAUUGUACUCUACUCG